AAGUUUAGUUGUAUCACAAGACUCGUAAUUUCCUCAUCGUGAUAGGUAUUGCUCAACGGCUAGGAAAUUUAGUGAGAUACUGAAUUGAGAUCUUGUAUAUCGACAAAAGUUAUGGCAAGCAGACGUCCCUCCUCCCAACCGGAGCUACGACGGUACAGUGUUUACCCUGACAAACAGGUACACUUCAACGAAAGUCUACAGGAAGACGACGGUACAGAUCACAACUGGCAAUUAGAGAACGAACUGAAUAAUUCGAUCUACCCAUAUACAGACUUCACAGCGAUUCAGGAACCAUAUCGACGGAAAUAUUCCACAGCUCUCAAAGUUUUGAAGCCAUUCCGACCCAGAUCAAAAGAUGGAAAAAUCCCGAUUAACAAGGCGGGUUUUUUCUCUUACCUUCUAACUUCAUGGAUUUCACAACUCAUCUGGAAGGUUUUCCGCCAUCGUGCGGAGCCGUUGAAGGAAGAGGACAUAUGGUCAUGUUCGGACCUAGAAAGCGCUAACAUCAAUACCGAAAGGCUUAAAAGGCUAUGGGAGAAAGAGGUCAAGAAACAUGGUCCUGAUAAAGCGUCUUUUUUAAGAGUAUGGCUGAAUUUUGCCAGGACCCGCAUCAUCGUCACUUUAUUUAUCAUCGCCAUCAACGCAGUCUCAACUUUUCUGGAAGGGGGAUAUUUGUUGAAUCUCAUCAUCAAUUACCUAGAAUCUGAAGACGAAAACUUGUGGUAUGGGAUUGCACUGGUUGCAUGCAUGGCUGCGUGUCAAAUUAUCAGGGCCACAUCAUUUUGCGCUAUUAUCGUAUUUGGCGCCCAAACAGGAGUGCGUUUCAGAGCUGGCUUGUUGGGAUUAGCUUACGAUAAGAUGCUGAGACUAAAGUCUGUUCGUGGAAAACAAUUGUCAGAGAUGAUCACUAUAUUCGGCGCUGACGCUUAUCGUGUAUACCUUAACAACGUGACCUUUGCGUACUUGCUGGCUCUUCCAAUAUAUGUGAUUAUUGGUUCAAUCUACACAUACUACCUAUUAGGACCGUGGUGCUUUAUCGCUAUUGGAAUAUUUGUCUUUUGCUAUAUUGUUCAGGCCAGGCUGACUACAGUUGUUGCGUACUUGCGUGUGAAAACUUUACAGUUCACAGACAAGAGAGUACGUAAAAUGACAGAGUUGAUCAACAGUAUGAAACUGAUAAAGAUGUAUGCAUGGGAGAAACCGUUCAACAAAGACGUUCAUGAAAUAAGAAAGCAGGAGAAGAGGUACCUCUUUAUGUCAGCCAUUUUGAAUUCCAUCAGCACAGCAGUGAUUCCUGUCACGCCCACUCUUGCAUCAGUUGCCACCAUUGCUUCCUACAGAGCUGCAGGGAACGAUAUAUCUGCUGCUACGGCUUUUUCUGUCGUUGGAACCCUGAACUUUUUACGUGUGAUUGUGUCUUUUGUACCUUACGCCACAAGGACGCUUGGAGAAUCCAAAGUUAGCUUUGCAAGGAUGAAGCGCCAUCUUGUUUCGGAGGAGUACCAGGCACCAUCAGACGCCUGUAGUGACCCCUCCCUAGCAGUGGAAAUCACAGACGCAACCUUUAACUGGGAUUCAGCAGAAGAAGCUAAUGAUAACGGAAAGAAGUAUAAGAAACGAAAGAAAGAGAAAACUGAAGGGAAUCGACGAAGAGAAACCAUUCAUUUACAGAAUAUGACUUUCCAGGCCCAAAAGGGACAAUUGAUAGGCAUCUGUGGACCCGUCGGUUGUGGAAAAUCAGCUUUUCUUUCUUCGAUUAUGGGAAGAAUAUCUAUGAUCUCUGGACAUCUCGCUGUAAAUGGUUCAGUUGCGUAUGCAGCUCAACAGGCGUGGAUCUUCAAUGGAUCUCUGCGAGAUAAUAUACUGUUUGGGAAACCGUUUGAACAAGAGAGGUACCAAAAUGUUUUGUCUGCAUGUGGGCUUCAACCGGAUCUUCUUCUGCUAGCAAAUGGCGAUGAAACAGAGAUUGGAGACAGGGGUACAAACCUGAGCGGAGGACAGAAGCAAAGAGUCAGCCUUGCUCGCGCAGUCUACGCCGACAGUGACAUCUACCUGCUAGACGAUGUCUUGUCAGCUGUAGAUGUACAUGUCGGUCGUCAUAUCUUUCACAACUGCAUAAAGAAAUUCUUAAGAGGAAAAACCAUCAUCUUCCCAACUCACCAGCUUCAAUAUCUGAAACACUGUGACAAAAUCUUGGUCAUGGAGAAUGGGGUGUUUGUAGAGCAAGGAAAACAUGACACCCUACUAUCUGCUGAAGGAUAUUAUAAUUCCAUGAUGAAUCAGUUCCAUCAAGCGACAGAAAACCCUUCAAAAACAACAAAUGAUGACUUUACGCACGAGGAUGAUGACGAUGAAGAUCAAGGGUCUACUCCACAAAAGAAGAGAGCAGAGAAUGGCACACAAAAUGGAACCACAGUCAAGAAACCGGAAAUUGGACAGCUGCAUAAAGACAAGGCCAGUAAAGGCAAGUUAACAGAGAAGGAGGAGACAGAGGUGGGGGAUAUCGCGUGGGGAACGUACUACUCCUACAUCAGCGCCAUGGGAGGGAUUGGCGUGGCCCUGUUUGUCGUCACUUGGAGUGUUCUAACAUCCGCUUCCGUAGUGUUCAGUGAUUGGUGGUUAAGUUUAUGGAUAAACACGUUUGCGAGCCCAGGCAGCGAUUUUUCAAACACUUCCACAGUCCAGAAUUUUUCGUGGCAGAUGAAUUCUACGGGAGUAGAAAUGACCAGCAAUAAUUCAAUGUUCAACACUAGUAUGGCCGUUAUUUCUGAGACGUCUUCAGGACUAGAUUUUUACCUGACUGUAUAUGUAUCGUCUAUGGGAAUCAUUAUAGCAAUGAUGAUUGCGAAAGGAUUCUUAGGAGCUAGGUUUUAUGUUCGAGCGGCUUGCAGACUUCACGAUAGAAUUUUGACAAAUGUAAUGAAAGCUCCAAUGCGUUUCUUCGAUGCUAACCCUCCAGGGAGGAUUCUAAAUCGUUUUUCUAAAGACAUGGACGAAGCUGACGUUUUUCUCCCACAACUGCAAGACACGUUUUUCCAGGUCUGCACAAGCAUCAUUGUCUCUCUAAUUACCGCUAUUGUGUCUUUGCCUUGGAUCGCCAUUGCUGUUGUGCCUGUGUUGAUUUUUUUCUACAUCUUUAAAUAUGUCUCUUCUGUUUCAAUCCGUCAAUUCAAACGUUUCGAAAACACUGCUCGGUCGCCAUUACUUGGUCAUGUGAGCACAUCUGCACAUGGUCUGAGCACCAUCGUUACUUUCAAACAACAAUCAAAUUGCAUACAAAGUAUCCAGACUUACACGGAUGUUUCCACCGUAGCGACGUUUUUGAUGGACACCGCGAUGCGGUGGAUUGGAGUGCGACUAGACCUUGCUGCAUCGUGUAUCACCCUGUCCACGGCCAUAGCCAUGAUUCUGACGAAGGGUACAACUGACGCCGCCCAGGCAGCUCUCGCUCUAACGCUUUGCAUCAGGGUGGUAUCCAUAAUGCAAUUCGUGAUUCGAAUAAUGAACGAAGUGGAGGCAAGGUUUACAUCGAUAGAACGUCUUCACCAAUACGAGGAGAAACUGGAAUCGGAGAGUCAAUCUUUUCAAGAUAAACCUGCGGACUCCUGGCCGAACGAAGGACGGAUUAUUUUCUCAAACGUCGAGAUGAAAUACCGAGAUGAUAUGGACCCCGUUCUUAACGAAAUCAAGUUUGACAUUCAUCCCGUACAGAAAGUCGGAAUUGUUGGUCGGACGGGAGCAGGCAAGUCUUCGCUAGCAGCUGCCUUAUUCCGUUUGAAUGAAUUGUCUGGCGGUCACAUUUACAUCGACGGUGUAGACAUUGGGAAGAUAUCACUACAACUCUUACGGACGAAGCUUUCAACUAUUCCACAAGACCCCGUUUUAUUCGCUGGCACUAUGCGGUAUAAUUUGGAUCCUUUUGGAUACUACACUGAUGACGUUAUAUGGGCCGCAUUGGAGAAUGUGUACAUGAAAGACAAAGUAAAACAAUUUGACAACGAAUUGGAUUACUUGAUAGAAGAAAAUGGAGAGAAUUUCUCAGUGGGAGAAAGACAGUUAAUAUGUCUAGCUAGAGCCAUUUUACGGAGAAACAAGAUUUUAAUUUUGGAUGAAGCCACGGCAUCCAUUGAUACAGCCACAGACGCCAAGAUCCAGCAGACGAUCAGAGAGAGUUUUACAGACUGCACAGUUCUUACAAUCGCUCACCGCCUCAACACUGUUCUUCACUCUGAUCUCAUCAUAAUCAUGGAUGCCGGAAGGGUAAUGGAAAUGGGGUCACCUCAGGAUCUGUUGUCUAACCCACGCUCCUACUUCAACACCAUGCUGUCUGCACAGACUGUCAAAACACCGUCACCUUAGUUAGCAAUCAAGUGUCAUAGUGCGGUUGGAAUAGACUCUUGUUUAUAAUGAAAAAAAUGUCAUAAAAACCGGUUUGAAGGAUUUUCCUUCUUUUGUGAAAUUAAUAAUUGUGAAUUUGAUUUUAAUGGCGAACUUGUUGACACCAUUGUAAAGGAGUUUUUACAUUGAAUGACCAUUAAAAUUACAUCAGAAAAAGAAAAAAA